ACCAGUUGAACGUGAGCCUUAUCGUUAUUUUCAAUGGCAUUGUCACAAUUUCGUUCUUCUCUCAAAUUCGGUAACCCAUUUCCAAUGGCAACCUUCUCUUCCUUCACCAUCUCCUCCAAAACCCUAACCCCACCUAACCACCCCAAAACCUCAUCUCUCAAUUUCAACAACCUCUCCAUCCGUACCAAAAUCCGUACCCGGAACCCUAUCCAUAUUCGUGCGGCGGCCAAGGAAGAUUUCUCUUCCAACAAAAGCAGAAGCAAUGAGCAGAAGGAAACGAUUAUGCUUCCCGGUUGUGACUACAACCAUUGGCUCAUUGUAAUGGAGUUUCCUAAAGACCCUAAACCCUCUCGUGAACAGAUGAUUGAUACUUACCUUCAAACUCUUGCUACUGUCUUGGGAAGCUUUUGGAAGAAAAAUGCAGAAUUUGUCCUCGCCCGCAAGGUGUUCGAUGAAAUGUCCCAACUGAAUUCGUCAGUCUUCUUCUUCCGUUCUCAACAUUUUCAUUUCUUGGAUUUUUUUUUAUUUGUUCAACAUUUUCAUUUGUUGGAUUUUUUUUUAUUUGUUGAAAAUUGAAAUAUUGUUCCUCUUGUUUCAGCUUUUGUGGCGAAGUUAGCGGUGAGAGAGGAAUUUGAUUUAGUUGAUGUUAACGGCUCAACGAAAUUGAGGAAUGUUUAUUGUACGAGUACU